AUGCUGGGCCGAGCAGCGCUGCUGGGCCUCGUCGCUGCGCUUGCGCCUGCUGCGGUGGUGCGCGGCGACAAUGCGCAGGGCCUGGGCGACGUCCUGGCCGGGAACAAGGACGUGUCGACCUACUAUGAGCUGAUCAAGAUCGUGGCGCCCAGCAACGACGCCUUCAAAAAGUACCAGGGCUGGAACUCGGACAACCAGACGCUCGUGACGCACAUCCUCGAGUACCACAUCCUCCAGGGCACCAUGUCGACCAAGCAGGCCACCGAGGGCCCCGCGCACUUCGCCGCCACCCUGCUCAAGGACAAGGCCUACACCAACGUCACGGGCGGGCAGAACGUCAUCGUCUACCGCCAGCCGGGCGACACGGUGGUCUUUGCCUCCGGCGACGGCUCCCGCAGCACCCUGGAGCAGGGGGACAUCCCCUUCGCCGGCGGGCUCAUCCAGGUCGUCGACACGCUGCUCGUGCCGCCGCCGCGCCUCGAGGUCGUCGCCCGCGUGGCCUACCCGGACCUGACGGCCUUCCUGGGAGCGGUGUACCAGGCCGGGCUGCUCGAGGAGUUUGCCAGCACCGAGAACGUGACCGUCUUCGCGCCGCGCAACGCCGCCUUCCAGCGCGUCGCCGGCGCCCUGUCCGCGCUCGACCCGGACACCCUCCGCAAGGUGCUCCGGCACCACCUCGUGCCGGGCCGCGUCCUGCCCUCGACCGCCCUGCUCAACGGCAGCUCCCUCGUCACCGCCGCGGGCGCCGGCUUCAACGUCCGCGUCACCCAGGCGGGCAACAACAUGUGGGUCGACACGGCGCAGGUCGCCCAGCCCGACAUCCUGCUGGCCAACGGCGUGCUGCACGUCGUCGACAACGUGCUCAACCCGGACGCCGCGGGCCAGCUGCCCGACCCGCGCGCCACCGCCCAGCCGCCCGCCUUCCCGCAGACGGGCGCCACGUCCACGGGGUCCAAGGCGCCCACGCCCUUCACCAGCGCGCUGCCCUGCACGGCCAACUGCCCCACGCCGACGACGAGCAGCAGCUCCUCCGCGACGGGCAACGGCAGGAGCAGCUCGGCGAGCGGGCUGCGGACGUCGACGCCGACCAAUGGCGGCGGCGGUGCGAGGUGUACGGGGAUGGCUGUCGCUGCUGUCGCGGCGGCGGGAGCCAUGGGGUUGGCGGGUGUGGUGUGA